UUGGGGCCUGGACGGCCGCUAGGGCUUGCCCGCCUCCUUUCUGCCGCUGGCUGAGACCCCAGGCCGGGAGGGCGGGUCCGAACCCCAGAGGGAAGGACCGGGAGAGGCUGGCGGGUCAUGCCCUGGUCACUUCACGCCGCGCUCCUUUGGGACCUGGUCCUGGGCGUACUGGGUACCUUUGCCUUCUUGAUCGACCUGGGCGCCGACUUGUGGGCCGCGAGCCAGUAUGUGCUCAACGGCCGCUACCUGUGGGCCUCGCUGGUGCUAGCGCUGCUGGGUCUCGCUUCGGUCGCGCUACAGCUCUUUAGCUGGGUCUGGCUACGCGCAGACCCCGCCGGCCUGCAUGCGCCGCAGCCCUCACGCCGCAGCCUGGCGCUGCUGCAUCUCCUGCAGCUGGGCUAUCUGUACAGGUGCGUGCAGGGGCUGAAGCAGGGCCUGUCGGUGUGGCAGCAGGAGGCGCCCUCUGAGUUUGACCUGGCCUACGCGGACUUCCUCUCCCUGGACAUCAGCAUGCUGCGGCUCUUUGAGACCUUCCUGGAGACGACACCACAGCUCACACUGGUGCUGGCCAUCGUGCUGCAGAGUGGCCAGGCUGAGUACUACCAGUGGGUUGGCAUCUGCACGUCCUUCGUGGGCAUCUCCUGGGCGCUGCUGGACUACCACCGGGCCUUGCGUGCAUGCUGUUUCCCCUCCAAACCCCUCCUGGGCCUGGGCUCCUCUGUGAUCUACUUCCUGUGGAAUCUGCUGCUGCUGUGGCCCCGCAUCCUGGUCGUGGCCCUGUUCUCAGCCCUCCUUCCCCGCUAUGUGGCCCUGCACUUCUUGGGUCUGUGGCUGGUGCUGCUGUUCUGGGUCUGGCUUCAGGGCACAGACUUCAUGCCAGAUUCCUGUUCUGAGUGGCUGUACCGAGCGACAGUGGCCACCAUUCUUUAUUUCUCCUGGUUCAAUGUGGCUGAGGGCCACACCCGGGGCCGUGCCGCCAUCCACCUGGUAUUCCUCCUGAGUGACAGUGUUCUCAUGGCGGCCACCUGGGCGACUCACAGUGACUGGCUGCCUGGUGGGAUCCUGCUGCAGAUGUUGAUGCCUGUGGCCGGCGUCUGCUUCCUUUUGGGUCUGGCUCUGCGGCUUGCCUACUACCGCUGGCUGCACCCUAGCCGCUGCCGGGAGCCUGACCAGGUGGACAGAACAUGGGGCCUCCACUCCCUUGAGUGGCAUCAGCUGCCUCAGAACCGACGCAUGGCCCAGUUGGCUCAGAACUUUUUUCCCAAGGCUAGGGAUGGGGCUGCUAUGCCAUGGAAGGGAGAGGGGAAUGGGGUCCUUUGAGGCAGGGACAGGGGACAGAAGGACGGAUGGAAUCAAUUGGUAGGAUGCAGAAGAAAACAAGCUACUUACACUGCUAUGGGCCUUGAUUCACUCAGCAAGCACUUGAUGCCUGAUCUAUGCCAGGCACUGAAGACCGGAGUUGAGUAAGACAGGCCUGCCUUCAAGGAUGAGAACAAGAUGAGAAGGGCUGGACCCUGGAAGAUCAAGGGCCCCAGUUACAUUUAAGACACUGGGAAGAAAGAAGAGACCCAUUGCCCCACCCCAGCCAGUAUAGCUGGUGCCCCAAAGCAUCCCAGCGCUGGUGUUUUCUCCUUCCUGGCCACCUCAGAAAGAAUUGGUGAGGAGCUUUCCCACUCUUUGGUUCCCCUACCCUGAGCUGGAAGGUUGCAGGACCUCUAGGAUGUGUUCCCUGGAAUUCUUCCUCCCCUGCCCGACCCCAGUCAUUCAAUAUGCCCACCAUACUUACUGAAAAUAUUUUAUGUGCCAGGAACAUCAUUCUAUCCUUGGAACCUGGAACAAGAGCAGUCAGCACCCUUAUUUCAUGAACCCUUCCCCUCUCCAGCUACUCCUGAGUAGGCAAUCAGGCAAGAAGCCACGGGGGCCCAACUGGCUGGCCCGUCAGCCCCACUAAAGCCAUAGUACAGAUGGCCCAGUCUCUGCCCCUGCUCUCAAGGGGCUGCCCUUCAACCAAGAGCCAUGUGAACCUGUGGUCUGGGCCAUGGCUCAACCUGUUGAGGAUUUUUUUAUACUUUAGGCAGCGUACUUUCUACCUCAAGAGUCUAUGUGAGAGGAAGAGGUGUGUGCAUAUGUCUCUGCAAGUGGGAGACAUGUAUGCACUGUUUUGUUGAACAGUAUUACUAAGUUAUUAUUAAAACCUUAUGAGACCCGC